AUGUUGUACUACUUGGCGAUGACGGUUAUGGUAUUGAGCCAUGACAUGUCUCCCUUCAGAAAUCCUACUCCAGGUGCAGAAAUAAAUUAUAAUAAGCUUUUAAAACAAGAAAGAGUUAUAAUUGAACGCUGCUUCGGCCAACUGAAAUGCCAGUUUCCUAUCCUACAGUAUGUUUGCCGCGUAAAGUUGGAAAAUGUGCCGAAAAUAAUUAUUGCCUGUAUUGUACUCCAUAAUGUGGCGAAGAGCUUGGGCGAUCCUGACUUUGAGUUAGUUGAACAAGACCCACAUGAAGAUGAAGGAAACCAUGAGAAUGACGAACUUCCUCUCCGCCAACUAGGAGCUAAUUUCAAGAAAACUAACUUACUUUGGAGGUUCGUCAGAACCUUUCCUGUUCAUAGUAGCCCAACAACAAGAAAAGCUUUCUUCGAGCUGAAAAAACAUUGUUUGGACUUUGAUCAAAAAUUGUUUUGGGAGUAUGGAAAAAACCGAAUGAAUAUAAAUUUGCAGACGGAAGCGAAGAUAAUUUCUAGACUAAAUAGCCCAGUUGAAAGAAUUAGGCACCAUUCUGCCAAAUUGAAUUUCUUGCUUGGGAAGCAAUUCAUUAAUGGAGACAACUACCGCCGGGUGAUGCUGAUCCUCCAUCAGUAUGGGAUCGCUGCAUUUAUCAACACUACACAUGAAAUUGCAUAA